UGCCAACUUCGUUGAGUCGACUGUCGGCUGUUGUUAUAUCAUAUAAUGAGGGCAUAAGUAGAACAUUAAAACUAGCCUAAAUGAUAAAAACAUUCAAUUUUGGCUCAAUUUUUUUUAUACAAAUUACAUAAUGGCAUCCCAAGUUCUUAGCCCCGAUAAUUCGAGACACCUCAAAAAUCUACAAGCAGCCAGAAGAAUAAAAAAUGGUUCGCCAAAGAUUCGUGAAAUGCUCAGACAGCGGUGUCGACAACGCAUGCACGAGAGAAGAGACGAAAUCUUUCUCAAAAGAAGACAUGGAUUAACUAAUUAUUCUGAAGAAGUGAAGGAAACUCUGACUGAAAUAUUACAUCAAGAAUUUGAGAAUGUGGCUUCUAUGGAGUGGGAUAAUCCAUCAAUACAACUGAAGUCCAUAUCUCAAGGUGGGGCAUUAAAACAUGAUGAACCAUUUGAAGAAACUUUUGAUAUUGAUGAAGAAGCGGAAGAGCAGUGGAUCUUAGAAGACUAUCAAAAUAUGUUGUGGGAUCAACAACAAAUACAAUCAAUGUUUGAAGACCAUGUGAAGUGUCCAAUAUGUUUCACACAUUUACUCAGAGAAAUACCAGACUUUGUUGUUUGUGAUUGUGGGUUGAAGUUACCUCUACAAACAAAUUUGGAAUGUUUAAAACAUAAUUUACGGGAACAAGUCAAUAUUCACUCUUCUUCUUGUUUAGAUGUUCCAAAAUUCUCAGUAUUCAAUGAUGGUGAACAUUUAUCGCUUUGUCUGACAUGUUUAUCAUGCGAUGCUUUUGCUUUGUUUUGAUAAAAUAUUUUAUUAUGUUAACUUCUUUGGAAUAGAGUUUGUUGAGUAAAUUAAAAAUGUGAUAUUUUUUACUUUGUGUGUGUAGCACUUAACUAAUUAACAUUAAAUAUUCCAAGUAUAUUAGAUCUUUCAUUGAUUUGAUGCAUUGAAAAACUGCAUAUUGAUUAAAAUUGUUUUAGAAAUAAUAAGAAAGUAUAUUUUUUUGCGGAAUUGGCAUUUAUUGUAAGUUUGUUGUCAUUGAAUUAAGCUCAAGAACUAUUUCAAUGCAUGUGUAAUGCUAAAGUUAAUAUUAACAAUAAAUAUACUGUUUUUUAUGGAAUAAACAUA